GAAAACUCUAAAAACAAGUAAAGAAAUCUCAUCCAUCACACACAUCUUCUUAUGGUCUUUCCUCCUUCCUCGCUAAAAAUAAAAACAGCACGACACGCUACAGGUAUGUGCGGGGUACGGGGAAGGGCCGGACCACAAGAGUCUAUUGUAUGCAGCCUUACAAUUUCUGCAGGAGGUUAUUUUCACGGCUCGAACCCAUGAUCUAUUGAUCACAUGACAACAACUUUACCAAUUACGUCAAAAACUCGGCUCUCCUACCAACAAAAAUAAGAAAAAACCUCCCUUUUAUCUCUUGAAAAAACUCUCUUUCUCCAUCUUCAAACUAUAUAUAUUACCCCAUCUCAAAAAACCACCAAAGAAUCCACAGCCAUGGGGUCAGAGGAGCCAAGUUCUAGAGUACCAAAGCUUCUUGAGUUUUCAGUACCAGCAAAACAGUCACAAAAACAUAAAGAAAUGCCAAAUUCACCACUUCACACCUUAGCUUCUGUUCCUUUUCAAUGGGAACAAGAACCUGGCAAACCUAAUCUUCCAAAUUCCACUUUCAAUAUUAAACCUAAAUUCUUAGAACCUCCCCCAAGACUUUAUUUAGACUCUAUUAAAACACCAUCACCCAAUACUGUAUUUGAUGGACCUUAUAAUAUCAAUAUUAAUAAGCCUAAGUUUUCCUCUUCUUCCUUUAGGUUCUUGAAAAAUAAUUUACAAGGAAAUUGGUGGCAGAAGAUUAAUGUUAAACGUAAGGGUAAUACUGCUGAUGAUAGUACAAGUUCUUCUGUAUUUUUAUGCUCUAUUGAUUCAACAGAUUCUGGUAAUGGUAAUUGUGAUAAUAAAGGCAGAAGUUCCAGUGCAAGAAUGGCAAGUUUUAGAAAAAAUGGAAGCUUAUCCAAUCUCUCUAGCAGGUCUCAUAUAUGGGUACAUAAAUAUAAGCACAUGGGUAAGACUGCCUAAUAAUAUGGGGCGGUUGAAUUGAAGAAGAUGGCUAUGGAGCUAAGAGCUAACCUACUCUUCCCUUUUAGCCAAGGCUAUAUGCAUAUACAUAUCAAGAUUGUCGACAAGUGAGGCCUGCUCAGUUGGUAAAAGCACCUCCACCCACGACCGUUAGGUCCGAAUUCGAAUCACGCUGGAGGGGAAGUGUGUAAACACUAUAAAUUCUUCUAUUUCGGGAGGGGUUUAAAAAAAUAUAUCAAGAUUGUCUUUAUCAAUUUAUAAGCAUGAAUAGGGUGGAAAGAUAGGUGUUGUUUUCACAUAUAGGUUGCUCAAUUUCUAUCCAUAAGGAAGAUAUUUUGAUAUUUUGAUAAUGAUGGGAAUAUGUGAGAGAAAUGAUACCAAAUAGCCACUCUAAAGGGCUGUUAUUUAGGAAUUAGUUAAUGUGUCCUGAAUUUUAAUUUAUCAGUUCAAUUUUUCGAGAUAUAAAUGUCCUAAAUUGUCCUGAAAAUUAAGAUUUUAGUUCAAUUUUUCAGGACAAAACAAGUAAUGAUAGUGACUAAUCCCUAAACAGGAGCACUAAGAAUGGUUGUUUGUGCACUUUCCCCGAAUAUGUGCCUACAAUCGAGUGGUGUGGUGGAUCGGUCAGAAAUCAUUUAUUCUUAAAAAGAUGUUUCGACAUCAAAUCCUAUAAUGGAGAACCUUUUUAAAGAAAGCAAUUUACCAAGUUAGUCCUCUUAAUUUAGUGCGAAACUAGAUUAGUCAGACUAACGAAGUUACUUCCUUUAGUUUAGUGCGAACCUAGAUUAGUCAGACUUGCGACUCACUAGUUUCAAAUACUUAAAAGGUAAAAAAGAAAAAAGAAAAAAAAAAGCACCAACUUCUUUGCAUAUUCUGUCUAACAUUUCUACACAUUACCAUUCAAAUCUAUGUUCUGUCAGAAAUCAUAUGCGCGAUGUAUUGAGUUGGAUCAUUGAAACGGUAUGGUCUCUGACCUCGACUAAUUCCAUAUCAGUGGGUUUCUACUUUCUACCAACAAUAUUAAAAUGGAAGGUGAGAGACGCCCACUCUAUACUUUUUCGCCAGCUUUUCUGCUUUGACAUAAAAAGAAAAAUCACCUAAUAUUUUUGUCUAGACUGAGAUUUGAACCAAACAUUUCAUGGUUAACUCACUUCAUUAACCACUAGGUACCUCUUGAAUGAUAUUUCAUAGAGGUGUCAAAUGGACGGGUUGAGCCAAUUUUGAACGGGUCAAAACGGGUUGAGUUAAUAAAUGGACGGGUCAAAUGACCCGCCCAAAAGUUACUUGAGCUUAUAUAUAUGAGUUGGGUCAAGAUGGGCUAAAAUUUGGGUCAUAGUCCAACCCGUUCAACUCUUACCAAAUUUUAGUUAAUAUGUAUUGUUUUCUUAUGAAUUGUAUAAUUACUAAAUAAGAUUUUUUUUUUUUCUUUUGCUAUCAUAAUCAUAUCUAACAUAUCAAACCAAGAAGAUAAAUUAUUUCUAAGAUAUUUUGGCAAACUACUCAUGGAUCAAUUUGGACUAAAUAUCAAUCCAACUUUAAACGGGUUGAGAAUGGGUUGUGUCAAGAUGGACUAAAUUUAAUAAAUGGGCGGGUCAACAAUCAGCCCAACCUUAAACGAGUUGGGCAGGUCAUUUGGGCUUGGGCUAAAUUUGACGGCACUACUAUUCCAUCAACAUUUACAAAAACAUGUUUUUUUCCUUCUUCUAAAUACCCAUUAUAAAGUAAGCAUCGCUGAGAGAUCUGGGCUGAAAUGUUUUACAGUCACACAUCUCUAUAACAUUCCUAUAUAAUACUUCACUAUAAAAGUCAAGCUUUUUCGGAACCAAUUUUUAUGUUUAUGUUAUAAUAUAUGUCCUCUUUAACAACACUUCGCUAUAACAUCCAAAAAUAUUCAGAACAAACGAGGUUGUUAUAAAGAGGUUUGACCGUAGUAGGCAUAUGGUUCGCCUUUUGUUCUGUUUUAUUUUGUUUUCCUUUUUGAACUUCAUUCUUAUCGACAAAAUU